GAGCAGUUUGAGGUAAAUUCUAACCACAUCUACCUUGCUGGCAAGAACCUUUUGCUAGCCUGUACGGGCUACAAGGUAAGGCACAAGAAGCACUUCAAAGCUGAUGGUUCUGCGGUUAAGCUAUGGCUUUGCCAACGUUGCCAUCUUGCCCGUCAACUCAAUGCUGCCAAAGUUGUGAGUGGGACUCACCAUAUUACUGAGCAUAUGAUAAAGGUCCACCGUAUUGAUCCUGCCACUGGGCUGCUGCCAGAGACACCCUCAAGGCCUGGUUUUUCAUCACCAUUUGAAGCAGCCAAGGCAGCUGGCUCAAGCAGUUUUAUCUCACACUCGCCA